GAUAAAAUAUCGCAGUGUGGUGUCGAGAGAGAGACGCCGCUUUUGCUUCUUUUUUCCGGUCGCAAUACGCACAUAUAUCGAGCAACAAGGGCCGAUCGGGCGUGAAGCGAAGAACACCGAAGAGUGGAGGAAGUGAUGGAUUACGGGAACGAUCGAGGUCCCUCCUGGAAUUGGCAAGAACAAGUCCAUAAUCACCAGAAAGAGCUUGAUUUCUCCGAUGAUACAGAAGUCGCAUUGAACCAAGAAGAUCACUCUUAUACGUUUGAUGAUGACGAAACCACGACCACCACCCCGAUUAAGGCAUGUGAAGAUUUGGCCUACCAUAUGACCGCAGGUGAUACAGACAAGACACUUGAAGAACAGAGCGAAACACGCUCGGUUCACAAGAGGCGUCGGGUGUUGCAGUUUGAAGACCAACCUGCCGAAUCCUCGCUAUUUAGUGGAGAAAAUUUAUCUGCAAUCUUAAAAGAAAAUGUUAGAGAGGACCCAUUUGAUGAGAUUUUACCGGAAGGAGCUCAUCUUAUAACUGGGUUUUCAGACGAUGCUUCUCCCUCGAGUUUUGAGGGCCUCGAUCUCCAUUCUGAAGAGUGGUACUCCGAAUGCUUCAAUGAUGCCGAGACGCCAUUCAUUCCCGAUGAUUUGAACUUAACUGGUUUAUCUGAUCUCCAAAUCGAUAUCUCCGAGUACUUGAAUGUGCCUCCCGAGAGAGAGGCCAGCAAAAUCCAGAAGCAGGUGACUCGAUCUUCUCCAAGUGUCGUCUUUAAAGGUAGGAAAUCCUUUAUAGGACCAUCUUCGAAACUACCAUCGUCGAUUGUAUAUCCGUUUGCAUUCAUCAAACCAUGUGGAGUUCAUGGUGACAUUACGAUAAAGGACAUAAACCAAAGAAUCAGAACUCCACCGGCAAAACCAAAGCAAGUUGAAGAAGACCCUCCAGUUUACCAAACUUCGGCUUUCUCGGGGAAACCCGUUGUCGGGAAGACCAAAAUCCGCACAGAAGGCGGAAGAGGAAGCAUCACGAUCAUGCGGACCAGAGGCUAAUCAACGAGAUAAGUCAUUUUUUUAUCUCUCUCGGUUCGUUUUUUUCUCCAGGCAGAUCAAGAAAAAUUCCUGCAAUGUACAGCGGCUGAUAUUCUGCAAAAGAAUGAAUUUUCUUUUUUUGUAGCUUGGGUUGGUUUGUCUGUAGACUGACAGAGAGAACCUAAGUAAACCCAAACUGGGUUAUGUCUGAAAUCUAAUUUUGUCUUUUAGGUUUGGUCGUAGAAUCUUUGCCAUGGUCGGUCGAUGUGGGAUUGUGAUGGUCAAUGGAUUCUUUGAUCUUUCCGGGUGACCGUUUUCAGUUUUU